UCUUAUGAAUGAAAUAAAUAGAAAAAUUGAACUUCUGUGAGACACGUUACGUACAUUAUGACUUUUAGUAUGGAGCAGACAAAGUAGCUGCGAGGAAUGCUUUGUCUAGUGGAACAAUAUAUGAGAAGUAUUGUGCUGAAAAGAGUGCUAGAUUUAAAAAAAAAGAUUAAUUAUAUAUUUUUUGGUAAAGUAUAUGUACAGAUAUGGUUUCUAUCUUCCUGUUAAAUUUGUGAUGCUCAAGAAGAAUAGAGAAAUCCGUCACGUAUGAAAGGUUAAGAUACACGAGCCCAGAUUGAAAUUACGAAUACUACGAUAUUCUUAAUGGGAUUUCAAAUAAUAUUACAAAUAAUGUUGAAUGACAGAAAGCGACUUGUUGGCGUCUUUAAAUAUAAAAGAUUACGAUUAUGGCUUUGUUAACGAUUGCUCGUUAAUGAUAUCGCAAUUGAAAAUUAUCAUGUUCAAGUAGUUGUUGAUUGCAAAUGUACUUUGCAGUAUUAAGCAAUGUAUUAGAGAAACUGCAUUAUCUUAAUUUAAUGUACUCCCUCUUUCGAUAUCACGAAAGGCAUGACUGUCGUUGAACAACGAUAACGCGGUGCAAUGUACCGACUGGCGUCGUGAGCCAAGGCAAAAUAUGUCUUCGUACUCGAGCGAGCUGUCACACUCGCAGGAAUAUCUGAGCUUUCGCAGCUCCAUACCGCUCAGGAAAAUCGUCGUCGAUGCCGAUGGUGCCAAGGGAUGGAAAGUUUAUGAUUCUAAUCCAAAAACUAUCAAGUGUCCACUUAUAUGUCUUCCACCAGUCUGCGGUACCGCUGAUAUUUUUUUUAGACAAAUAUUAGGUCUGGCUGCCAAAGGUUACAGAGUUAUCUCGGCCGAAGCACCGGUAUAUUGGAGUAUAGACGACUGGUGCGACGGAUUCAGAAAACUAUUAGAUUAUUUACAACUUGAUAAAGUCCAUCUUUUUGGCACUUCCCUAGGUGGUUUCUUGGCACAAAAAUUUACAGAGAUAAAUAUAGACUGCCCUAGAGUUGUGUCUCUGAUUUUGUGCAAUACCUUUACAGAUACAUCUGUGUUCAGUUACAAUGACUCAGCAGCAGUUUUCUGGAUUUUACCUUCAUUAGUACUGAAAAAAAUGGUAAUGGGGAAUUUUGCAACGGAACAAGUCGAUGGAGAAAUUAUAGAAGCGAUUGAUUUUAUGGUGGAACGGUUGGAGAGUUUAACGCAACCAGAAUUGGCGUCUCGUUUAACAAUGAAUUGCAUAAAUUGUUACGUGCAACCUCAAAAGAUAUGUCAUUUACCUGUGACAAUAAUAGACGUCUUUGAUGAAUAUGCAUUAUCGAAUGCGGUUAGAGAAGAAAUGUAUAAAUGCUAUCCAAAUGCAAAACUAGCACACUUAAAAAGUGGUGGAAAUUUUCCAUAUUUAAGUCGAGCUGCUGAAGUUAAUCUACAUUUGCAGCAUUUGUUUUCAGAUUCACUUGAGACAAUUUGAAGGUACGGAAUAUACGGCUUUAGAAAAAAUUAAGAUAUAGCACAACGCGCAUUUACGUUAGGAAAAAUAAUAAAAUAUGUAAUAAAACUAGAAACUAUAUUCUGUAAAUAUUAAUUAAACAAAGAUCCUCCUUUGCUCACGUGCGGAUAUUAAGACUAUAAACAACCUCUAUGUCGUUAAGUUAGAUAUGUUAUUCCUUAAAACAAUUCUCCGUGGAAUAUGCGUUAUAGAAUUUAUAAAUAAUCUAGAAUAUAAGUAUAUUAUCAGGAAUUAUAUAAUAUUUGUACCAUUAUUUAAUAUUUCGUUAUUUUGUUAUCUAAUAUUUCGUUGUUUAAAUAUACAAAAAGCAUUUAUAUUUUGUAACUUGAUCUCAUUUUAAUUAUGAAAAAGAUCUCAUUUUAAUUGUAAAAAAAGAAUCUUUUAUGAAUUAUAUUCAUAAACUGAAACUCUUCAAACGUUAAUAAUUUAUAGUAUAUUGUUCUUAAGAAAAA